AUGGGAAUUAUUAAUCAAGUAAGGGUCAAACCAACUCUAGACACCUCCUGGGAAGAACUUAAAGAUCAUAGGGAGAUCCCAAAUGGACUCUAUCUGUUCUCAAAGAUCGACCCUCCAGAGAUAGUCAUGUACUAUUUACAUGAUCUGCGCAAACAAGGAGUAGACAUCUCAGAUUUCUCCUUAGACUGGCUGCCCGAAUUUCCUCCAGAUUUCAUGAAGAGGCCACGAGAACCAUCUGAGAAGGCAAAGCAGGCAAAGAGAGCAAAGUUGGGAGAACCAUCUGGAUCAAGACCUCCAGUACCUCUAGUUGGAUCACCUGGUAAGUCUGUACCUCUCCCUCCUUCUGUAAAAAUUAAACCAGUUGCUUCCUCACUCCCUCAACCUUCGCCCAUAUACACAACCUCUGAAACUCCUCCCUCAACCUCUAGACCAUCUAACCAAACUUCUCAAAAAUUCAACCUUGCCACCACAUCUCUACCUGUUUCAGAAGCAGAAAUGCUGAACGAAACCACUUCACCCUCCUCAUCACCAUCUCCACAAUCCCCACCUUACUACACCCUCUCAUCUGACACUGAACCUUCUGACCCUCACUCUCCAACUCUGGCUCAGCUUCAAAAUCGUGCUUUGGCCUCUCAACAGCCAACACACUCUAGCCCUGAACCAGAAGUUACCUCUCCACCCCCAGAAAACCCAAACACAACCACCUCUGACCCCGCACCAUCCGAACCAAUCCACUCUGAAUCACAACCAUCCCAACCACAACACUCUGAAACACCCCAACCAACUACCUCCACUGACCCACCAACUCCAACUCUUAACAUAAGCCCCCCCACUUCUCAUUCCCAAGCCUCUGAACCAGAAACCAUCCUUCUGACCCUUGAGGAAGCAAUUAAGGUGUUUGCAGAAGCUUCCGUUGACAAGGUUGGUCUUUUUGCGGUUCCAUUUCCCAGGUCUCUUCGAGGGGAUCUUGCACUUGCAUCUUUUGGAACUCAUUUUGUGGGUUCUUUUUGA